AUGACACAGCAAUCACUGCUCAGGAGCUACCUGCCUCCACAGGUCCUCAUCAACGACAACGAGUACAUCACCGUCGGACUCAUCCUCAUCCUCCUCACCCUCAUCGCCUUCGCAGUCAACUUUUCAUUUGGAGCAAAGAGGAACUCAAAGAACACGGUCCUCAUCACAGGAUUACCCUUUGCCGGCAAGACCGUUAUUCACUACUUGAUUAACCACGAAAGGGCUGUCGAGACUGUCACCUCUAUCAAGGAGAAUGAGGCCGAUGUUGUUCUUACCGACGGCAAGCCCGCAAUCCACAUGGUCGACAUCCCUGGCCACGAGCGUCUCCGCUUCAAGUUCUCAGAGUUCAUGCCCAUCGCCCGCGCAAUCGUCUUUGUCGUCGACUCUGCCGCCGUGCCCCGUCAGACACGUCUCCUUGCAGAGUACCUCUACGAUAUCCUUUCAAACAAGUUUACACAGGAGGAGCGGAUCCCUGUCUUGAUAGCUUGUAACAAGACUGAACUGUUGACCGCUUUCAGGAAAGAGCGUAUCCGAACUGCUCUUGAGGGUGAGAUUAACAAGUUGCGUCAGACAAGAACAGCAGCAUUGGACACCCAGGACUCGGAGGGUAACGAGAAUGUGUUCUUGGGAUUCGAAGGCAAGGAUUUCAGUUUUCAGGAUCUUGAGAACGAGGUCGAGUUUUUGGAAUGCUCUGCUGAGAAUAAGGAUAUUGAAGGUAUCAAGGACUGGAUUGCCUCUGCUUCUUCAUAG